AUGGCUUCAGCCAUGUACGCCCAGACCUUGCAGAGACUCCUCAAAAGCUUUGAGGAUGCCGGCGAGCCUGUGCACAUAGUAGUGAGGUGGGUGCCAGAUCUGAAGGAUACAAAGCGGACCGGCUUCAUUCUCACUGGAUCCGUGCCACAGGCCCUCAGGGUGUAUUUCUUCAAUUAUCUCAAGCUCUUGUUCAUAUUUGAGGCUCUUCUCGAUGCUCUUCUUGAUGAAUCGAGAAUGGUGAUUGUCAUGGACCUCGACGUGCAAGUGCGCCGGGGCUGGACCCAGACGCUGCAGCGGUGCCUGGCGGGGCCGGGCACGGAAGGAGCGGAAGGAGCGGAAGGAGCGGAAGGAGCGGAAGGAGCGGAAGGAGCGGAAGGAGCGGAAGGAGCGGAGCUGUGCUUCCUGCAGCAGGCGGCCUUUGGGGACCGGCGCCUACAGCAGGCGAACUCCGGCGUGGUGGUCUUUGGGGGCCGGAGGUCGAGCGUGGCUUCGGCGGUGGCGUUUUUCCAGGCGCUGGCAGCGCGGCUGCAGGCGCAGGAGGUGGUUGCCAGGCUGCUGCCGCACCACGACGCCGUGGCCUUUGAGCAGCUCUUGAUGAACUACGUCUUGAACGACAUACGCAAAUGGAAGGAGAAAGAGAAAGAGGAGAGACAGAAGGAAGGAGAGUGGGAGAACGAGUUGGAGAGGCUUGAAGACUCGACUCCAAGAUUGGUCCGGUGGGGCAUCUACAAUCCGCUUGUGGCGUAUGCAGGGAUGUUUCUCACGCAUGCGGUGCUCACGAACACUGUGCAUCAUGCCACGGCCUCCAAUGUGGACUUGAAGCAAAAGCUGCGUCUCAUGGACUCAGCGCAGCUCUUUGUGGCGGACCUCCGAUCCUUCUGCCCUGGCCCGCUUCCUGAUGGACGCCUGCCUGCUGAACUCCCGCUGCCGGCCUUCUGCUACUACUUCACCGGCGUUGACCCUCACUUUGGGCCCCUCUUAGAUCACUUUCGGGUCCACGGCGGCUUCAGCGAGCAGGACAACAUGGUGGUCAUCGAUCAUCUGCAGCGCAGGGCAGCUGGGCGCGCCUGGAUCCAAAUGGUGAUUUCCUUCAACGAGGGAGCCUACAAGCGCUGGAGGAGCUAUCGCAAGAAUUCCACGGCUGCCAUGGGGGAAGUGCUGUGGACGCCCAGUUUUUAG